AUGGAAUCGAGCUCGAAGCGCCGCAAGACUGGCCACGAGAGCAUCGGCCUCCGCCACUCGGGGCUCAUUGACUUUGAGUCGCGAAACACGGCUCGAGUGACGGCCGCCAGCACCUUUGUCCUGCAGACGGACGAGCUGCUGAAGGAGGCCAGGCCAAACUACGAAAAGGCCCUCCAUGGUGUCGACGGCCAAUUGCACCGAUUAAAGAGCAUCAUUGACACCAUUGAGCCUCACGAUCCUAGACCAAUCGCCGAGGCCACCGUCAGGUUCGAAAAAGAGCAUCGCAUCGUCAUCCCAUAUCCCGACCCGAAGCCGGCAAAGGAUGCCCCGUACAAGGUCUCUUAUGCACCGCCGUCACAAUGCAACGUCGUCGGAAGCUACGUCUCUCGAACAAUGAUCAAGACGCAGUCCGAGUUCGGAGUCGACAUGGUCGUCCAGAUGCCCGCCUCGCUGUUUCAGGAGAAGGACUACACGAACAUGCGCUACUUCUACCGCCGAGCCUACUACAUUGCGUACAUUGCUGCGCGCGUGCGCAAAGAGUUUGCCGAAGAUAUGGAACUGAGCUUUGAGAACCUCAACGAGAAUCCUCUGUUGCCGAUUGUCGUCCUCCGACCUAAACCCUCGAGCGAUGGAAGCGAUGAUCGCGAGGCCAGGAAAAAGGCGAAAAAGGCGUCUUAUAGCAUCAAGCUUAUUCCCUGCGCCCCCGAUGACCUGUUCCCUUGGUCGAAAGUAACUCCCAAAUCGAACAACAACCGGCUGGGCGAGGUUGACGAGAAGAAAGCCGCCCAAGCAGCAACACCAUUUUACAAUUCCACCUUGAACGCCGAGCGGACAUUCAUCCCUUACUUGCGGCUGCUAACCCACAUCAGAAAGGAGUGCCCUGCUUUCGCAGAUGCGUGCAUCCUCGGCAGGACAUGGCUUCAGCAGCGCGGCUUUGGCAGCGCCAUCUCACAAGGAGGCUUCGGUCAUUUCGAGUGGGCAACCAUGAUUGCGCUGCUUUUGCAGACUGGUGGUCGGAACGGACAGGCGGCUUUAUCGACUUCCUUAAGCAGCACCGAGUUGUUCAAGGCAGCGCUCCAGUUCCUGACUACAACAGACUUCACCAAGAAGCCUUACACUUUUGGCUCCUCAAGCGUCUCCGCAGAUUCCGUUCGAGAGGCCGGCCCUGUCAUGUUUGACCCUGUCAGACAACUUAACCUCCUGUUCAAGAUGACUCCGUGGUCUGCCAGCUUGUUGCAGAUGUACGCCAAAUCAACUACAGACCUCCUCUCCGAUGCCAUGGCCGAGAAGUUCGAUCCCACAUUCAUCGUCAAAGCCGAUGUUCCGUUUCAAACAUUCGAUGUCAUUUUUGAGAUCCAAAGCUCCGACAUUGCAAAGUUUUCCGAAACCGCCGACCGCCGGGGAGCCGUGGGAAGCUUCUGCCUCGAAGCAUACAAGCACCUCAAGCGGGCAUAUGGCGAGCGAGCACAGCUUGUCCAGUUCCAGCUGCCGCAGAGAGGGCACUGGGCGCUUUCCAAGCCCCCGGCCAAAGAAGUCCUGCGCGUCCUUGUAGGCGUCAUCUUCGAUCCGGCACACAUGUCGAGGCAGAUGGAGUUUGGCCCACCCGCCGAGGAGCAAAAGGAGGCUGCCAAGUUCCGACAAUUCUGGGGCGACAAGGCUGAACUUCGACGGUUCAAAGACGGCAGCAUUCUGGAGUGUGUCGAGUGGUCGAGCAAGCUUCCGCUGCAGAUCUGCGAAGAGAUUACGCAUUACGUUCUGCAGCGGCACCUCAAGAUCUCAAAGGACAAGGUGACAACCAUCGGCGGCGCGUUUUCAUCCAUCAUCAGCCUGUCCCACCUGGACAAGUCAGCUUUCGAUGCAGCAAGACAGGCGUUUCAGAACUUUGAGAGAGAUAUCCGCAACCUCGAGGAGCUACCACUACACAUCCGACAGCUUUCUCCCACAUCCUCGUCCGCGCGCUAUGCGUCCAUCGAGCCGCCGCUGAUGGGCUACCACAAAGGGUCCAUCGACCUCAUGGACGUGAACCUCUACUUCGAGGCAUCAAGCAAAUGGCCCGAAAACCUGACGGCCAUCCAGGAGGCAAAGGUCGAGUUCCUACUCGACAUCGACCGGAGACUGCGAAAGGCGAAUGACAAGAUCAGCACGUACCUCGGCCGCGAGAACAAGGAACUCGGCAUCGAGAACCUGGCCUAUCUGGACGUCAUAUACGAGACCGGGGCAGCCUUCCGGCUCCGGAUCCACUGCGACCUGGAAGAGAAGCUCCUCGAGCGCCAAGUCAAGAACAAGACGCUCGAGCCUCGGAUCCGCGAAGAGGCCGAGGAGGCCCUUGUGAAGCUCAACUGGCUGUACAACACCCUCCCGCUGCACACCCAGACCAUUGCCACCUUCUGCACGCGCUUCCCGCCCCUCUCGCCCACCAUCCGGCUCGUCAAGCACUGGUUCAACAGCCACAAGCUCACGGGCCACAUCCGCGAGGAGCUCAUCGAGCUCUUCGUCCUCCACGCCUUCCUCCAGCCGUACCCCUGGAAGCAGCCGUCGUCCGCGGCCACGGGCCUCCUGCGAACGCUCUUCUUCCUCUCCAGAUGGGACUGGCGCAGCGACCCCCUCAUCGUCGACACCGCCGAGGACCUCUCCGAGGACGCCCGCUCCUCCGUCCACCACGAGCUCCAGACGUGGCGCAGGCGAGACCCCGGCAUCAACGACAAGGUCCUCUGCGUCGCCACCUCCCACGACCAGUCCGGCCUCGCGUACACCCGCUCCCGCCCGUCCAAGCUCGUCGCCUCCCGCAUGACGCUCCUCGCAAAGGCCGCCUGCAAGCUCGUCCGCGACCAGGGCAUACGCCUCGACCCGCGCCUCCUCUUCGAGCCCGCCCUCCAGGACUACGACGUCCUCAUCCACAUGUCGCCCAAGGCCAUCAAGGCCGUCAUCCGCGACACGGCCGUCGAGGCCGGCGCGCGGCGGCACUCUCAGUUCAAGAACCUCGAUGCCCUCACGGCGUCCGUGCCGCUGCCCAUCCGCGCCCACCCCGUGGACGUCUUCAUCGAGGAGCUCGAGCGCGUCUACGGAGACGCCCUGCUCUUCUUCCGGGGCAAUGCCGCAGAGGAUGACGACGACGGCGUCGUGGCGGCGCUGUGGAACCCGCGGCUGCAGAAGCAAAAGUUCAGGGCCGGCUUGCCGUAUAAUUUCCAUUCUUGCGAGGGCGAGGGCGAGGGCGAUCAAGUUGAAGUGAAUCGCACAGCAAUACUGCUAGAAAUUGCGCGGGCUGGAGGAGAAAUGAUUAAGAAGAUUGAGGUGACUGACGAGGAGGAGUAA